AUGACCAACCACAGUUUGUUGUUCUCCAGCUCUCCGUCGAUGGUCAUUCCCGAUCACAAAGACCAUAACAUCAACAACAACAUAGGUCUGAGUGAAGAUGCCUACAUUCAGCAUCUGAUAGCAGCUGUAGAGAAACGACCAGUGCUCUACAAUGUGCAUCUACUCGAUUACAAGAACAAAAACAAGAAGGGCGAGGCGUUCAAGGAGGUUCAGAACGUGAUGAGAUCAGCCGGAUGCUCUGAGAAUCAAGGUAGGACAUCCUGAAACACAAACUAUAUUGUACUCAAUUACAAUGAUAUGAAAGAGAAAGUUAAAUAAAACUAGUAAAAGUAAUGUGUUGCAGUGCAAGGUACCUACAAGAAGUGGAUAUCAUUGAAGCGAAAGUUCCGAGUCGAAUACUUCAAACCGAAGAGCGAAGACUCCAGGGAAGCAUCGUGUUCCUUCCCCUACUUCGAAUCCCUCAAGUUCCUCAUUCCUUAUUGUGAAGUCUACAAAAUGUAACUCAUCUUAAAAUUAAUUUUUCUCAGAAAUUUCCAAGAUUUUUUAUUCCGAACACAACAAACAUCGAAAAAUUUUGUUUUAGGUGUAAAACCGCGAACAAACGAAAGGCAGAAGAAUAUACAGGUAUGAACAUUGAAGAAGACGAAAGCGAUGACGAUAGAUACGCUCCACAAGAAGACGAGCCUUACAGGUAAACAUCAGUGGAAUAUUAUUAUUCAGUGGAAUAUUAAAUUUAAAUACACUUUCAUAACCGAACAAAUGAGAUGCUCUAAGUUAACAAAAGUACAGUUUUAAAAUUUCAGUGCCCCAUCAGCCCUAGACAUGCUAAUUGGUCAGAAAAGAAUGAAGUUCGACACCUCAUCCUUCAUGUUCAAGAACAAUUUCCUUGAACAACCAGAAUCCCCUCCACGAUCUCCAACCCAGUCCCGAGCUUCUCCCCAACUCAAGAAGUCCAACGUCUCGGCUUCCAACACCUCCACGUCCAGUAGCAGCUCCAAAGACGUCCUCAACUCCUUGUUUCCUUCACCCCAGGAAGACCUGAACUCAGCGAUGGCGGCAGCUGCGGCCGCCUACCUCCAACAGCCGGCUGACGACUCCCCCAACGCUCUCUUCGGCCGCUUGGUAGCCAACGAACUCGACAAACUACCUCCACCCAUACACAACAUCAUCAGGGCCCAAGUGUUGUUGUUGUUGGCACAAGUGUCCCAACAAAACCAGAAUAAUGUCCCAAACGCGCCUGACCGUAUGUUUUCGUGUCUAACACCAUGA